AUGGAGACUGAAUUCAAUAGACAUCACGGUGCUAAAUGGAAAGAAUUUCAAAUCAAUGACCCCAUUUAUUAUCAACUUCAUUCAACAAAUGACAAAUGGAAAUGGGUGGCCGGAAAAAUUACAAAAAAAAUUGGUUUGGUAGAUUAUGAAGCUGAAAUUGAAGGCACAUUUGGAGAAAGAAAAGUUAAAGCACAUGCUAAUCAACUUAAGUUUCGACAUACAAAAAACGAAUUAAAAGAAUUAUUCGAUGUUCCUGAAGAUCCAUUGAAUUUUUCUGAUGACGAAAUUGAACCAAUAAUAAUCCCUCAACAGCUUCCUGAAAUCCAACAAAAUUUAAACAAUUCAUCACAAAUCAAUCAUGAUAACAUAUCUAAUGAUUCUACAAAUUUUGAAGAUGCAUUGGAUAACGACGAGGUAAACGAGGACGAUUCAUCAAAUCAAAAUGACGAUUCUAAUGGAAAUGGAAACAUCACACCAAGAUACCCAAACCCAUUGCGUUUAUUGAUCACUUCGAGUUCACAACAAAAAUAA